AUAUGGCAAGCCUGAAAAUACACAUCUUGGCCUCUAAUCUUGGCAUGCAGCGUUGCAGGCGUUGCAGGUAACAACCAACCCAGCAACGUCAAUCUGUUCACCAGACAAGUCGAGCAUCACCACCGAAUCGUCAGUGCUAGAAGCACCAUCGCCACCAUCACCACUGGUAUUAAAUGCCAAAUUCCCACAGGCCUUCAGUCGGGGCCCCAUCGUCUCGUUGAGUAGCCAUCGAACGGACUUCAUUGUUGCGCCAAUCCUACGAGUCAAUUCAUUCAUUAGUCGUCAUUGAUCCAGGAGAAACGUGAGACAUUGUCCAGUCAGUGUCCAUCCAUCGGCAUUUCGGCGCCAUUGUGCUUUUUCUGCUUUUUCUGCUUUUUCUGCUUUUUGUGCUUUGAAUCAUCGAAUCGUGGUCAGGCAGGCCAUCAAGUGCUUGGAUCCACUCACUGGCGGGGCGGGGGCGGGGCUUUGCCUUUAACCAUGACGGGGGUAGGGCUUAUUCAGCUCGGGGGGGUGGUACUCCUUAUUGCGGCCUUGUCCCAGGCCCGUCCACCCAGGCCGGACCACGCCCAGAACCAGCCUCAAGCAGCAGAGACCAAGCAUACCAACGAGACGGAUUGGGAACUGGGCGUGGAGUACAAUCGCUACUUGCAGGAAGUAGUUCAAGUGCUGGAAAGCGAUCCCGAGUUCCGCAAGAAGCUCGAGGAGGCCGAUGUGGAAAAGAUUCGCGAUGGAUCGAUCGCCGACGAGUUAGAUUUCCUCCACCAUGGGAUUCGCAAUCAGUUGGACGACAUUAAGCGGCAAGAGUUGGAGCGAUUACGCCAUUUGGCUAUGAAGCAGUUUGAAUUGGACAAUGGAAUCGACAAGAAGCACAUUAAAGUACCGCAUCACGUGGAAAUCCAAUCCCCCACUUUUGAGAAGGAGGAUCUCAAGCGCUUGAUCAAAGCCACUACCAAAGACCUGGAGGUGGCCGAUGCCAAACGGCGCGAGGACUUCAAGAAGUACGAGAUGGAGAAGAAGUUCGAGCAAGACGAGCGCCUCAAGCACAUUGAUGACGAGGCCAAGCGGAAGGAGGAGGCCCAAAAGAUCCAAGAGGCCGAGGCCAAGCACAAGAAACACGUCAAGCCCCACCAUCCCAUGUCCAAGGAUCAAUUGGAAGAGGUGUGGGAAGAACAGGAUCACAUGCGAGCCGAGGAUUGGGAUCCCAAGACUUUCUUUGCCAUGCACGACCUCAAUGGAGACCAACAUUGGGAUGAGGAUGAAAUUCGAAUGUUGUUUAAGAAAGAAUUGGACAAGGUCUACGAUCCCAAUGCGCCGGAGGAUGACAUGCGAGAACGUCAAGAAGAAAUGGAGCGCAUGCGCGAACAUGUGUUUUCCGAAUCGGACAAGAACAAGGACCGAUUAAUCUCCUACGACGAGUUCUUGAGCGAAACCAAGCGGGAUGAGUUUGAUAACGAUCCGGGCUGGGAUACGUUGGACGCCGAUGGGCACGAAGACUUCAGUGAUGAAGAGUUCCGAGCCUUUGAGAUGCAGCGACAACGCGAGAUUCAGGAUAUGCUGAACCGCGGAGUGGUUCCUCCGGGAUAUCCGUACUAUGGCGAUAUCCCGCCCGGCGCCCACCAGUUUCAACCCCCUCAACAGAACUUGGGCAUUCCUGGCCAGCCCGCUUAUAACCAAGAGGUCUACGCUGGACAACAUCAGCAACCCUAUCAUCAACAAUUGGUACCUCCUGGUCAGCCUCAGCAGUUUCAAGCACAACAACAUCCGCCUCAAUAUGGAGCGCCAAUCCAUCAACAACAACAACAGCAGCAGCAGCAACAACAACAACAACAACAACAACAGCCACAACAACAACAGCAGCAACAGCAACAACAUCAACAACAGCAACAACAACAGCAGCAGCAACAACAACAACAGUUUGGCCGAUCUGCACCUGGGCAAAAUCAGGACACGAAAUAUAAUCCACCUCAGCCCCAGGGCGGAGGACAAGGCUCCCAGCAGCCGGCCCAACCUGGUCAGCCUCAACAAUUCCAACAAGCAGGCCAAGCCCAACAGUUUCAGCAACCUCCACCCCAGGAUGGUCAAGCUUCACAAUUCCAGCAACAACAACAACAACCCCAAGGUGGUCAAGCUCGGCAAUUCCAACCACCAGCUGGACAAUCACAACAAUUUCAGCAACAACAACAACAACCUCAGGCGGGUCAGCCUCCCCAAAAGCAGAGUCCUGGUCAACCUCAGUUUCAGCAGCAACAGCAACAACAAGAGCGAGUAGGACAAGCCCAGCAAUUUCAAGGCGGGCAAGGUCCCAAACCUUAAGGGGAUUGGAUUCAAAGUCUAGCCAAAGGAUGUGUCAAGAGUGCCAAAGAUUUCAAGGAAGAUCUGACCAGAAUGCUUCAAGGAAACGCUUUCUUAACUUCUCUCUGAGCAUUUAGACGCGACAUGGAGGAUGAUUUAUCUCUGGAUGGAGGAAAGACUCUCGCUUGUCACAAUGAAUUUGUACUCAAUUUUUUUCCAUGCAUUUUUUUUUUUCAACUUCAAAUUGUAACUGUUCAAACAAACAACGUCGUGAGACAUAUCUUCCAAUUGACUUAAAGGUAUGAGAAGCAAUGUUUUAGUUGUGAUAAUUUCGAUUGUAUUUGGUCUAGAUUUACUAAAAUCAUAAAAGGAACUGAUCUGUG